UGGGAGUAGCCGGCCGCUCUGUGGUAUGUCAGCUCUGGCACGCCUUGACUUCAUCCAGUGUUUUAGCUGUCAUGUGAUUCAACAGCCAGUCAGCUUCACAGAAAUCCCAUUACUCAUUUUAUAUCUGCUUAAAUACACACUCCAUCAAAGCUGGAUUGACUCUCAGUGCAGGACGACGCUGUGUGCUUUGCUAACGAACGUGGUUCUUCCUGUCUAUUUAUCGCAAGCAUCGCUUCGUCUAGACGUUACAGAUAAACACGGAGAUGGCAGGCCGACACACAGAGGGGAGGUUUGAGUUUGACUUCAGAAAGAACAUGACACCACAACAGAUAGUGGAUAUGUUCGACGACUUUGCUGAGGACUACGAACAGGAAUAUCUGAACGUCGGUUUGAGAUCGCAUGUAGUUGUCGGAGACUUCAUGGCUAAAACCAUUCCAAAGGAAAAUAGACCAAAAGUGAAAAUCUUGGACGUUGCUGCUGGCACAGGACUUCUUGGAAAUGAGCUAAAGAAUCGUGGGUUUACACACAUCGAUGCUUUGGAUCCAGCCGAGAAGAUGCUGAAUGUGGCAAGACGUCGCAACAUCUAUCAAAAACUCAUCUGUGCAUUCAUGAAAAAGAACAGGAACGAUACCAUUGAAACAGAUUACUAUGACAGCAUUGUGGCAUCGGCAGCUUUUAACGAAGGUCUAAUACCUUGUGACGCCUUUCAAGAAAUGAUCCGGAUCGUUAAACCAGGUGGUCGAAUCAUUUUCACGGUUCCAACCAAGUACAUCAACAACUCCGACAACUUGCGAGACCGGUUACUUCCCCUUAUAUACCAGCUGGCACAAGAGGGCGUGUGGGAGGUCACCUCCGUUGCACUUGCAGAUGGAGAACUUUCUAGUUUAAAUGGCCCAGGGACUUUGUUUAGUUUAAAAGUUCUGGUGUCAGAAAAGACAUUUUAAGUUCUAGGGAAGAAAAUUUCAUAUUAGAUAUUUGUUGUUGGGCCAAAAGGUAUUUCUGUCAAUAUAAACAGUAUUUAAUAUUUAAAACAUACAUUAUUUCUUGUUCAUAUCUUGUUUACGACUCGACCAUGAAGUUCGCUUCAUUGGUCACACGUAUGUGUGUUUAGGAUCAAUGUCAUCAAACCACUCAGCGGUUCAUCGUCACAUGUCACAUGGUGGGCGUUGCAUCAAUGACAAUUUUGUUGUAUGGGAAUCCAUCGGUCGCAAGGUUUCUGAUUGGUCUACACUUGAUAUUGGUUGCACUGACGAGGAAUAUUUGAGUUUUUUGUGAUUGGUUUCAAAAUUUUUUCAAGGUGUUUUAUCCAACAAGAUACGGUAUACUGACUCCGAUGCGACCAGUCCUUGUUUUUUGCCCAUUAAUGCCGAGCUCCAGGCAAGGUAACAAGUACAAUCCUUUGACGUCUUUUGGUAUGACACGACCUGGGGAUCGAACCACUGACCUUCCGCUCUCCGGGAAGAAGUUCUAACCAAUACAUUAUGGGUGCGGUCUUGAAAUACAUGAAUGGAAUAUGAGUACGAUUGAUUUGAUGUUUGGUUGGCCAGCAUCAUAACAAUGCUGAGCAUUGAACCCUGGUCUAAAGAGACGAAUGUGUUCCCUCUCAGUCGUGAAUUACAUUGUUCACAUUUCGGUUUCAAAUAUUGUGUCAACAACCAGGGAAGAAAUAAAAUACAUUGCUUUGUACUGUAACUGGUUAUUUAUUCUCUUGUAUUGACAGUUUAUAUUUCUAAUGACCCGUCACGUUUUCUUUCUUUCUAAUGUUUCUUUACAUCCAGAUAGUAGGGGGGACGGAUGGCCCAGUCGUCUUGGGCGGCGCAAUUCCCUGUGCUGAGUAGCGUUUCUUGAACAUACCUAUGAUCUUGGGUUCGAUUCCAGAUUCGCCCCGGUUAUGUUUAUAAGUUUGUCUGCACCAUACCCGUGCUCGUGAUAGUAUGCUAGUCAGCCUCCGUCGAUGUAUUGUUACUCAAGAAAUAUGAACCUGUGAAUAUUGAUAUGUAUAAUAAUAUGUGGAUAUUGACAUGUAUAUUCUGAAUAUGUGGAAGCUCUGUUAUUCAACAAUUUUCAACUUGUGGUUAUUGAACUGCAUAUUCUGAAUGCAUAGAUGCUGCUUCUUAACAUAUGUCGCCUUGUGGAUAAAUAUAUAUUUUAAAUACUGUAAAUAAGUCCCUUGUACGAAUAUGGAAACAAAUAAAGCAUUAUGA